AUGUCAAUCCAAGAGGUAGGCAAAGCCAUUGGCAGAUUUGCCUCUCUAAGAAGAGCCAAAACGGACUGGGACAAUGUGGGAGUAAUAGUGGAUUCAGGGUCACAAAACAAUAAAAUUCUCUUGACAAUAGAUCUUACAGAGCCUGUGCUAGAGGAAUGCAUCGAGCUUGGGGCCAAGAACAUUGUUGCAUACCAUCCCAUAAUAUUCAAAGCCAUAAAAAAGCUUGGCUCUAAGGAAUCUGUUGUUAUUGAAUGCAUUAAGAAUGGAAUCAGCGUCUUUACUCCUCACACUGCCCUCGACCCGCUGAUGAACACCUAUGUAUACAAUUUAAUUAACAACGGUGCCUUUCUGUACAAAAAGAACUGUGGGCCUAACACAUCGACUAUAAGAAACGCUAUAAGCAUUCUCAAAGAGAAAAGUGGAAUGGAGAACUUCAGAAUAUGCCUGGCAAGGGGGCACACGAUGGAAAGCAUUCCCGAGUAUAUGCAUGUAGGCGUGGGAGCGACAUUUCGGAACAUACCUCUCAAAAACUCGAUUGUUGUUACUGGGGAAAUGAACCACCAUGAUCUCCUAUCGUGCAUAGCAAACAAUGCAACGGUUAUUCUAAUGGAGCAUAGCAAUAGCGAAAGGAUAUGCUUGAAAUAUAUUUCCGAAAAGUUGCAGGAAGAACUUCCGGAUUAUGAAAUAUUUAUUUCGGCCAAGGAUAAAGAUCCUGUUACUAUAGUAUGA